CUGCUUCCCGCGAUGCCUGAUUUACCUCAACCCUAUACGAGUACUGCUACCACUGAGGAUGCGAUAAGUACCAGCCCUGCCACAAGACACGCAGGGCCUAGCUUUCUAUGCACAGGUGGUCCCCCCCGGUGGUUUAGCCUCUUCAUGUUCCGUUCCCCUAGGCAUGGCUAAAGCUCUCCACUUAUUAGCAAAGCGACUCGAUUCCUAUCUCAAGCCGGGUGCCGUACGCCUUAUUAAUCGCGGCUCGUCUGCUUUAUGUGGCCAGGUUUGGUGUGUGGUGGCGCAGUUUGCUUCUUUGGCGGAGCGGUGCUGUGAGGAUAGCUUCAGCAUGUCUUUCUUAUACUAUGCCCGCUGCUGGCCCACUUACCAUCCCAGGCAAAGGAACAGCCUUGGGGGUAGGCAAAAGCCCAGUAGCACAUACUUCCGGCACUUGGCACCUGGUGGAUCAGGAACACUGGAAGAAAAAAUAAAGAGUUGAUAAUCAUGGGGGAAUAGGUCACCGCCAAACCAAAAUAAUGCGCCUCCCGUAAUCAGGGCUCCACCCAUCGCCCAUCAUUUUUGGGCUCUUCCUCGCCUGGGCGGCAAGAGAAGCUCUCUGAAAGGCUGGGCUGGAGACAAA